AUGGCAUCAGAAGCACUCUGUAAAGUGGGAGAUGGGGAGGAGGCCGUGCUGAAGAAGGAAAACCUCAACCUCGUGAGUGCGCUCGACCAGCUGCCGAAGCCCUUUCUGAACCCCAAGUCCAUGAACCGCACCAUCACCACCAAAGGACUCCCACUUUCCUCGAGAGGCAGCUUGGUUAACUUCUUGGAGGAAGACACCAUCAAUCUUGUGAAGCCCAUGCCAACGGAAGAUUCUGAAUAUAGCUCCGAUGACACCAGCAUCACCCCCAUGUCGUCCACCUUAAUGAACCCCAUCAAACUGGCUGUGACCCAGCCCAACAGCAGCUUCUUUGCAGGCAUGCUAGAGGGCGAGCUGAACAAACUCAGCUUCCCCUCCAUAGCCAAGAAUACAGACAAGGGGGACCUGGCCCUCUGCCCCCACCCCUACAAGUCCCAAAUGACCCCUGGGGGCCUGCUGGACCUAGACAACCCUGCGCUGGACACAGAUACCUCCUCUACACGCUCGGAGUCCUCCGUGGUCCUGGACACGCCGGAGGCCCCUUUCAUCUGUGAGCACACGGUCAGCGAUUCCACGGCUGUGAUUUCCUGGACCUAUGCCUUGGGCAAGCAGCAGGUCAGUUUCUACCAGGUGCUGUUACAAGAGGUGGCCAAGAAAACAGAUGACGAUGACUCACCCAAGGCAAAGAACCGCCCAUGGAUCUUCAACAAGAUCUUGGGCACCACGGUCAAGCUGAUGGAGCUGAAGCCCAACACCGGUUACUGCCUCACCGUCCGUGCAGCCAAUACAGCUGGGGUGGGGAAGUGGUGCAAGCCCUACAAAUUUGCAACCGUGGCCACUGACUUCAACAGCUUUCCUGAGAACAACCCCAUCCAGAUCACUGUACAACGCCGGGAGCCCCAGCGGAAAACCGUGGCCAUCACGGUGGAGGAGAUGCGGAGACUUGAAGACCUGGAACACCUAUUUCCCUACUAA